AUGGAAAUGAUCUUUACUGGUCCAAGAUUCUCAGUCACUUUAUUGGGGCUGAUUAGAAUAGUUCUCUUGGCUCGGUUUGUAAAUGGUCUGAAAGAGAGGACCAAGCCUGAAGCUGCUAUUAGUGUUGCUGGAGCCAGCACUGAAAGUUCAUCUAUCAAAUGCACUUUGCUGGGUACACCUCGUUUACCUGCAUUUUCAAAUGAUGGAGACUUUAUUAUAGGAGGUAUUUCCUCCAUUCACUACCAACCUUACACAGUGAUUUAUAAUUACACUGCAACGCCUGAGCCUCCAAGAUGCACUGGAAGCUUUUAUGGCCGGGGUCUGCGCUUCCUUCGCGCAAUGAUAUUUGCCAUUGAGGAGAUAAAUAACAGCACAAAGCUCCUCCCUGGCAUCAAACUUGGAUAUCGACUCUAUGAUUCAUGUGGCUCAGUGGCUGUAGCUGUAGAUACCGCAUUUCAGCUGUCAAACGGUCAGGACCCUGUGUUUUACAAAGACAGUAACUGUUCACACACUGGAGUGGCGAUGGCUGUGGUUGGAGACUCUGGAUCCACUCGUACCAUCAGUAUGUCACGCAUCAUGGGGCCCUUCAACAUACCCCAGGUGAGCCACUUUUCCACUUGUGCCUGCCUUUCAGACAAACAGCAAUUCCCAACUUUUUUCAGAACAAUUCCCAGUGAUCAGUUCCAAGCUGACGCACUGGCUAAGCUUGUGAAGCACUUUGGAUGGACUUGGAUAGGUGCUGUCCACUCAGACUCAGACUAUGGAAAUAAUGGCAUAGCGUCUUUUGUUCAAGCAGCAAUGAGAGAAGGGAUCUGUAUGGAGUACAUUGAAUCAUUCUUUAGAACCGACAGACUGAGCAAGAUCCAAAAAGUCGCAGAUGUCAUUCGUAGAUCAACAGCAAUGGUUGUGGUGGCAUUUACAGCUAUUAGUGAUUUAAAGGUCCUGUUAGAGGAGCUGGCCCGGGACCCUCCUCCACCUCGUCAGUGGAUUGGGAGUGAAUCUUGGGUAACAGACCCGCUCUUGAUGAGCUUCAGUUUCUGCGCUGGGGCCAUUGGAUUAGCCAUUCCACAAGCUGUCAUUCCAGGUCUGCGAGACUUCCUACUAGAUCUCACUCCAGCUGAAGUGGCUGCUUCCCCACUGCUCACUGAGUUCUGGGAGGAUGCAUUCAACUGCAGCCUGACAAAAACUACCUAUCUAAACAAGAGAGAGUGUGACGGAACUGAAGACAUUAAAACCCUUAAAAGCCCAUACACUGAAACAUCUCAGUUAAGAAUUACCAACAUGAUCUACCAGGCUGUUUAUGCCAUAGCGCAUGCCAGUCACAAUGCAGUGUGUCAUGAAAAAAAUGCAACCAUUCAAUGUGACAAACACAUCAGAUUGGAGCCCAAACAGGUGUUUAUUGAGUUAAAGAAAGUAAACUUCUCAAAGAAUGGUUAUCGUGUGUCAUUUGAUACAAAUGGGGAUCCCGUGGCUUUUUAUGAGUUGGUCAACUGGCAGAAGAGUGAUAAAGGAGUUAUUAAAUUGGUAACUGUGGGUUACUAUGAUGCAUCACUGCCCAACGGCAAGGAGUUUUAUAUCAACAAGAACUUAACCUGGGUGGAGGGGAGAAAAGAAGUACCUGCUUCAGUGUGCUCUGAGAGAUGUCCUGCAGGAACUCGCAAAGUGUUGCAGAAAGGAAAGCCCAUCUGCUGCUAUGACUGUAUACCGUGUCCUGAAGGAGAGAUCAGUAAUACCACAGAUUCGCCUGACUGUUUCCCGUGUCCCAGAGAGUACUGGCCAAAUGCAAAAAAGGAUGCGUGUUUCCCCAAACCUAUGGAGUUUCUUGCCUAUGACGAAAUCCUGUCAAUCAUCUUGGCUGCAUUCUCUGUUAGUGGGGCUUGCCUGACCAUCAUUGCAGCAUUGGUGUUCUUUCGUCACAGAACAACUCCAAUUGUCAGAGCCAACAACUCCGAGCUGAGUUUCCUGCUGCUCUUUUCUCUGACUCUGUGUUUCUUAUGUUCAUUAACUUUCAUCGGAGCACCCUCUAAGUUGUCCUGCAUGCUGCGGCACACAGCGUUUGGCAUCACCUUUGUUCUCUGCAUCUCCUGUGUUCUUGGGAAAACUAUAGUUGUUUUAAUGGCCUUUAAAGCUACAUUUCCAGGUAACAAUGUCAUGAAAUGGUUUGGUCCUCCACAGCAAAGAAUGACUGUAGUUUUUCUCACAUUUUUACAAGUUUUAAUAUGUACUGUUUGGUUGGUUGUGAGUCCUCCAUUCCCAAUGGAAAAUCUAACCACAUACAAGGAGAAGAUCAUCCUGGAAUGUGCAUUAGGCUCUGCUGUUGGCUUCUGGGCUGUGCUCGGCUACAUCGGCCUGUUGGCUGUUUUUUGCUUUGUGCUAGCUGUUCUAGCUCGGAAACUACCUGAUCAUUUCAAUGAAGCUAAGAUGAUAACUUUCAGUAUGUUGAUAUUUUGCGCAGUCUGGAUCACCUUCAUCCCAGCAUAUGUCAGCUCUCCUGGGAAAUAUACUGUGGCUGUGGAGAUAUUUGCCAUUCUGGCCUCCAGUUUUGGACUGAUACUGUGUAUAUUUGCUCCAAAAUGUUUCAUCCUUUUGUUUCUGCCAGAUAAGAACACCAAGAACUAUUUAAUGAACAAAAAGUAAAACAUAAUACACUUUCAGAAGAAAAAAUAUA